GGAGCCGGGGCCGGCAGCGGGGCAUGGAGCGGGCGGCGGGGCCGGGGGCAGCGCUGGCCGCCUCGCUGGCCGAGGGGCUCAUCAAAUCUCCGCGGCCGCUGAUGAAGAAGCAGGCGGUGAAGCGGCACCAUCACAAACACAACCUCAAGCACCGCUACGAGUUCCUGGAGACGCUGGGGAAGGGCACUUACGGGAAGGUGAAGAAAGCCCGGGAGCGCUCCGGCAAACUGGUAGCUAUCAAGUCAAUCCGGAAAGACAAAAUCAAGGAUGAGCAGGACCUUGUCCAUAUCCGGAGAGAGAUUGAGAUCAUGUCCUCCCUCAAUCACCCCCACAUCAUCGCUGUCCACGAAGUGUUUGAGAACAGCAGCAAGAUUGUCAUCGUGAUGGAGUAUGCCAGCAAGGGAGACUUGUAUGACUACAUCAGCGAGCGGCAGCGGCUGACGGAGCAGGAGGCUCGCCAUUUCUUCCGGCAGGUCGUGUCGGCUGUCUACUACUGCCACAAGAAUGGGAUCGUUCACAGGGACCUGAAGCUGGAGAACAUCCUUCUUGAUGGAAAUGGGAACAUCAAGAUUGCAGACUUCGGCCUGUCCAAUGUUUACCAGCAGGACAAACUUUUGCAGACUUACUGUGGCAGCCCUCUCUAUGCAUCCCCCGAAAUCAUCAAUGGGAGGCCGUACAAGGGCCCAGAGGUGGACAGCUGGUCCCUGGGCGUUCUCCUCUACAUCCUGGUCCAUGGCACGAUGCCGUUUGAUGGCCAUGACUACAAGACUCUGGUCAAGCAGAUCACGAGUGGGGACUACCGGGAGCCCACAAAGCUGUCAGAUGCCUGUGGGCUGAUCCGGUGGAUGCUGAUGGUCAACCCGGAGCGCCGUGCCACCAUCGAGGAUAUCGCCACGCACUGGUGGGUCAACUGGGGCUACAAAGUGCCCGUCGGGGAGCAAGAGCUGCUGCGGGAGAGCGAGUCCCCCCUGUCCACGGUGGCAGAGUGGCUUCGCCGCUCCUCCCGGCCCCUCCUGGAGAACAGCUCCAAGGUGCGAUGCUUCUUGAAGCAGCACAUCCCCAGCGUGGCCCUGGAGCGUCAGCGCUCCCUCAAGAAGUCCAAGAAGGAGAACGAUGUCUCCCACGCACUGCAGGAGGUGGCCCUGGCUCCGGAGAACCCCUCCAAGUCCAUCCUCAAGCGGCCCAAGGGCAUCCUGAAGAAGAGAAACUCCUGUGAGCAGAAGGUGCCUGGCCCCGGCCCCCCGCUGGCAGUGCCUGUAGGAGAGGCGAGGGCUGAGGAUGGCGAGGUGGCUGCUGCAAGUCUCACCAGGGUCCUCUCCUCUGGGAUGCUGCCUUGCAGCAGGGACGUUGGAGCAGUGCCCACGGCCAUGCCCAAGAAGGGAAUACUUAAAAAGCCCUCGACGAGGGAGUCAGGGUAUUACUCAUCCCUGGAGUGCUGUGAGUCUGGGGAUGUCCUGGAUGCGGGCAGCUUGGACCUUGAUGGGAACGUGUUUGCUGACAACCCCUCCCCAGAGCAGGGCCCCCAGGGGCUCCCCGCCCGCCGGAAAGGCAUCCUCAAGCAGAACAGCAAGUAUUCCUCUAGCAGCACCGAGCCAGAGAGUCCCCCCGGGCGGAGCUUCGGGAGCUUCAGCGAGGUGCCCCUGCCCCAGCCGCCCCGCGCCCGCCCAUCCAAUGCUGUAAGCGAGGACAGCAUCCUUUCCACGGAGUCCUUCGACCAGCUCGACCUGCCCACCCGUGUCUCCCAUGGCGGCGGGGUCAUGCGGGGCUGCGUCUCUGCUGACAACCUCCUCCGGCUGGAAGAGGAGGAAGAGGAGGUGGAGGAAGGGCGCAGGCUGCGCCGUUGGACAGUGACCCAUUGCCGGAGCCCACUGGGAGACAGCAGCUUGUCCCUGGCAGGCUGUGACAAUGUCACUGAAGUCUACCGGCGUGCCGUGGCCAUCGGCAUGAAGCUGAGCUGAGGGCACCUCCCAGCAGGGCUCCCUGGGGUGGUGUGUGUUGGGGAGGGGGCUGAGCCCUCCCUGCCCUGGAGCUGCUGGUGCUGCUGAGCCACGUCCCACGUAUUUAUUUUGCAGCCUCAUGCCCCUCGGGGAGAAGUGCGGGUGCAGGCAGGGAGGGAGCUGUGGGUGUUGGCGGGGGACACCCCAAGACCAGGACAUUAAAUGGACCAAAACCCUGAGUGAAGGGGCUUGGGAGUCCCACAGGCUCCUUGCUGCCAUCCUUCCCUUGCAAACAGGUUCAUCUCAUUUGGGGAGGGAGGGGAAACCAAGGGGAUGGGGGGAUUUUUUUUUUUCUUUGCACUGGUUUUAUCUUUUUGGCUGCACAAGAUAACAAAUGGGGCAGGUGAUAUACCUCAAACAAGCUGGAGAGGCAGCAGGGUGCUGGCAAGGGGCUGCAAGGUGCUGCCCUGGCUGCUGUCUGUGGGCUGGGCUCUCAGGAUGUGCUGGCAACGGGGUCCAACCACCCAUGCCCUGGCUCUUCCCUCUCCUGCACUGAGAAACCCAACUGGAUCUGGCUGAAACCCCAGUCUGAGAAUCAAACUGAUGCCAACAUCUUUUUUUUUUUUUUCCUAAUGUUGAAAGGAGGAAAAAAAAGUGCCUUUGAGGCACACUGCUUCUUUAUUUAUUGCCUUUGUCUGGCUUGAUGUAAGACUUCACCAGCCUGGGAUGUGUCUGGCUCCGUAACGGCCACCCAGAUGUUUUUCACUGGGGGGGGGGGUGGAGGGAUCUGUGCCAUUGUCUCAUGUGCCCCACGUCAAAGCUCCGUUGCACUAUUGCCCUUUGUUUGCUGGCCCUUCCCCUUUUCCAGGGUGUGUGUGUUUUCUCCUCUUUCCUACAAAGUUGUCUUGAGAAAACCAUUAAAUUAAAAGCAAACAGUCGAUCUGAGUUGUUCUCUUG